GCCUGCCCGGCGGGAGAGCGCCCACUGGGCCCCUGCUCCCGCCUGCCCGCUGCCACCGUCCUCGCCCCCAUCUUACCGCCCACCCCUCCGGGGGCUCCGUUUCCACCCGAGGGCGCCCCCACGACCUCCUCCCAACUUUCUUCCGCUGUCUUUAGGGGACUCGGCGCAUUAGCCGCCUCCCUCCCUAAACUUCCCACCCGUUUGCUCCAGGUGUCCCUGUCCCACCCCCGAGGGCGCCCGUAGAGUUCCUCCCCGUCCUGCUCCGGUCCUGCCCCUGGACCAGCGCCCCCGCCUCCAUCUUCCCACCUGCCCCCGCGGGGGAGGGGAGGGGACGCGCUCUGUUGUCGCCGACGGUGCCCACCCAGCCCCGCUGCUUCAGGCCACUCCGUCACACGCUCACCCCCCCUCCCCGGCCCCAUGGUCCCCGAGCCGGGGCCCUCCAACAACAGCACCCUGGCCUGGGGGCCGGGGCUGCCGUCGGCGCCGGGGGGCAGCGGCUGGGUGGCGGCCGGGCUGUGCGCGGUCAUCGCGCUGACGGCGGCGGCCAACUCGCUGCUCAUCGCACUCAUCUGCACGCAGCCGGCGCUGCGCAACACGUCCAACUUCUUCCUGGUGUCGCUCUUCACGUCGGACCUGAUGGUGGGGCUGGUGGUGAUGCCGCCCGCCAUGCUGAACGUGCUGUACGGGCGCUGGGUGCUGGCGCGCGGCCUCUGCCUGCUCUGGACCGCCUUCGACGUGAUGUGCUGCAGCGCCUCCAUCCUCAACCUCUGCCUCAUCAGCCUGGACCGCUACCUGCUCAUCCUGUCGCCGCUGCGCUACAAGCUGCGCAUGACGCCGCCGCGCGCCCUGGCGCUGGUUCUGGGCGCCUGGAGCCUGGCUGCGCUCGCCUCCUUCCUGCCCCUGCUGCUGGGCUGGCACGAGCUGGGCCGCGCACGGCCGCCCGACCCGGGCCAGUGCCGCCUGCUGGCCAGCCUGCCCUUCGUCCUCGUGGCGUCAGGGCUCACCUUCUUCCUGCCCUCGGGUGCCAUCUGCUUCACCUACUGCAGGAUCCUGCUGGCCGCCCGCAAGCAGGCCGUGCAGGUGGCCUCCAUCACCACCGGCAUGGCCAGCCAGGCCUUGGAGACGCUGCAGGUGCCCAGGACCCCACGCCCCGGGGUGGAGUCGGCUGACAGCAGGCGUCUGGCCGCCAAGCACAGCAGGAAGGCCUUGAAGGCCAGCCUGACGCUGGGCAUCCUUCUGGGCAUGUUCUUUGUGACCUGGCUGCCCUUCUUUGUGGCCAACAUAGCCCAGGCCGUGUGCGACUGCGUCUCCCAAGGCCUCUUCGACAUCCUCACGUGGCUGGGUUACUGUAACAGCACCAUGAACCCCAUCAUCUACCCGCUGUUCAUGAGGGACUUCAAGCGGGCGCUGGGCAGGUUCCUGCCAUGUCCCCGCUGUCCCCGGGAGCGCCGGGCCAGCCUGGCCUCCCCCUCCUUCCGGACCUCUCACAGUGGCGCCCGGCCGGGCCUGAGCCUGCAGCAGGUGCUGCCACUGCCCCUGCCACCGGACUCGGACUCGGGCUCCGGCUCGGGCGGGUCCUCAGGCCUGCAGCUCACCACCCAGCUGCUGCUGCCUGGGGAGGCCACCUGGGACCCCCCGCUGCCCACCAGGGCCACUGCUGCAGUCAACUUCUUCAACAUCGAUCCCGCAGAGCCUGAGCUGCGGCUGCAUCCACGCGGCUCCCCCACGAACUAACCCGGGCUCGGAGCUGGAUUAGCUGGAACUAAGUCCCCGGGCCUCGGGCCAGCUCUUGGCUAAGAGCAGGAGGCUGCGGGUCUCCGCUGAGCUCUGGCCCGUACACAGGGCCAGCCCCUCCUGCCCACUCCCAGCCCCUUUCCUGGAGGGAUGACGGCGGACUCGGAUGCAGCUUUGUGUAGGACGCCCCGGCGUUGAAUGUAGCGUGUGCAUGCAGAGGACCGUUCGGAGGACUCAGUGUUGGGGAGAAGGACCUCUCGGUUCAGGUUAGGAUGAAAACAAUCGUGUCCUUUUCCCGUUCUAUCAGGCGAUGGGAGGGAACACCCCCAUCUGCAGACGUGGUCAGUGCUCGCCGCGCCCCUCACCACCCCAGUGUAGCUAAUGACCAUCCUCAUCAUCGCCACCUCCUGGGAAUUUGUUACAAAUGCACAUCUCUGCCCAUCCCCGACCUGCUGAAUCAGAACUGCACGUUAACAAGGUCCCCAGGGGAAUCGUGUGCACAUUACAGGUGAGACGGGCUGGUGCAGAUGGUCUUUGACCCCGAGAGUGAUGCGCUGGCCGAUUUUCGGAUGUGCCAGCUCCUCGGGAUGUGUGUGGCGGCACAGAAGAACACGGGAGCCCGGGAGUCAGGUGGACACCCGAGUCUCUGCUCUACUCCUCUGGCACAGGCUACUCAACCUCUCUGAGUCUCAGCUACCCCACGUGUGACAUGGCUCACGACGCCUACCUCGCAGGACUGUCUUGAGAAUAAGACGUGUGCAGUAGACAGUCAGCAAGCUCUGCUGCCCCAUCCCCUGGCCGCCCAGCCCUGGCCUCUGGCUACGGGCCAGGAAGGGCUGUUUGUUCCCACUGUUCCAUUUCCGUUUGCCUCCUCUUUGGCCCCAACCCAGAGUCCCACAGCCUCACUCUGGUUCCCCAACCCCUCGCUCUGGAUGCCGGGAGGGGCCCCGGCACUCAGGGACCUUCCCAGCCCCCAAGCUGCUGCACUUGUCUCUCCUGGGGGCAGAGGGGCAGGUGGCAGUUUCUUGUUCAACCUCAGGGAUAGGUUUUCCUCUCCCCUGGACCUAGCAGGGAACAGCUGGGAUACACCCAGCCCCUUGCCCACCUCCUGGCCUUCCCCGGGGUGAGAAAAAUGGGAAUGGUGGUCACUUGGGUCAGCAGAGGAGCUGUCCCUGGUGUGGGGCCACCAGGCAGGCAGGUGGACACACUCUGGCACAGGGACCUUGUUUUUGGGGGGCUGGGGUGGGUGAACUUUUGAUCCUUAAAGUUUACCUGCUAUAGGUCCCUUUCUAGCCUGAGGGUUUUUUUUUUUUAAACUUCCAGUCCCCCCAUUUCCAUCAACCCAAACUCCCAGGGGGUCCUCCACCGCUCUCCUUGGUGCUGACUAGACUCAACUCCGGCCCCGGCCGCUGGCUGCAGAGGGGCCAUGGUGCUUGCUGGGGCUUCCCCUGUCCCCCAAGACUGCCCGAGGGGACUCUCAAUAAACACUAGUUGAAGGCUGUG